UUGCCUUGCGCGAGUUGUGCCCUAGUCCAAACGCUAUCUUUUUAAUAAUUCUUAUUUUCUUCUACUAACGCCCAACGUUGCUCAAAUUGGUCUGCGUUAUUCGUCUUUCACCCCAACGGCGAUUCGGCAUUAAACAAACAUGAGUUGUCUGAUGACGAUCAUCGCUCUGGCCACUACUUUGGCAAGUGUCCAUAGCCACCAACUAUAUGUCCUCAACUGUCCAGAAAACGUCAAGAUCGGGCAGUCGUCCAUGCCGCUCCGUGCUACUGAGUUGGCUGAUGUUGUAUCAUCAACAUUGGGCUUCACUGUUUCGAAUGGAGUAAAAACUUGGAGCAACUUAAUGGUGGCAGAUCCAUUUUCAUUACCUGAAGCUGUAAUUGUCCUUGAAAUACCAGGAUCAAAUAAUCCCGGUUUUGACCUAAAUAAAGUUGAUCAUCAUGAUUUAAUCAUGGAUGAAACCUUAGAUGAAGUGUAUGCUACUGUGGAACAUAGAAUGAAGGAGAGACUCGACAAUAAAGAAUAUAGCAUUAUGCAUGGCUCCCUAACCAAUGAUGAAUUUCUGAAGAAUCAAGUAUUCCAUCCUAAUUUUCAACUGAAUCCUAGUAUUAAACCUCAACACAUUGAUUCAUACAAUGAAAAGUAUAAAGUUUUUUUUAAUGAAAUUUACAACUUGCAUCAAUUAGGACAAGGUGUCAAAGAGAGUAUGUUGAAAAAUAAUGUACCAGAUUUACACUGGUUUCAAUUGCAAGGUGUAAAAGCUUUGACUUCUAUCAAUGAACCUAAUUCAGAAGAAACUAUUGAAGGUGAAAAACUUUUGAAUGAAGCUAUAUCUUCGUUGGUCCAAUCAUACAAUGAAAUUUACAAUAAUGAGGUGUUAAUAAUUGCUAUUGCCAACAAUGGAAAAGAAUUGCAUAGAAACAAACGUGAACUUAGUAGCUUGGAAAUGGAUCUCAAUGUUGCUGAACCUGUAUCAAAUGACUUUCCAGUCAUAUUCAAUCUCAUACUGUGGUUUGUUGUUAUAUUUAUCUUUUCCCUUUUAGCCAUAUCAUUGAGCAUUGCCCAAAUGGAUCCAGGUCGUGAUUCUAUCAUCUACCGCAUGACCAGCAAUAGAAUGAAGAAAGAAAACUAAAUGUUCAUUAUAUAUUUAUAUGACUUAAAACAGUUAAAACUGAAAUAUCAGGCUGUAUAAGUAAUAGUCAUGAAUUAUAAAAAACAACAACAAGAAAACUUAAAUUUGGCCUAGACCUCCAUUCCAAUUGUAUAUAAGUGUUCAUGUUGAACACAAAUAUUAUUAAUAUGUACUAAGUUUUUGUUUUAUUUAAUUUAGCAUAUUGUUUUGAAACAAAAGUGUUUGGUAUCUUAGCAUUUCGUUAUUUUAUUAAUGUAAAUUAAAAGGUUAUAAAUUGUUUUAAA